AUGCCUCCUAAAGCAGGAAAGAAGGCUGCUCCAGCCCCGUUCCCCCAGUCUAAGGCUGGUUCAGGAUCGAAGAAGGCCCCAAAGAACCCCCUCAUCGAGAAGCGCACCCGAAACUUCGGUAUCGGUCAAGACAUCCAGCCACGUAGAAACCUGUCACGCAUGGUGAAGUGGCCCGAGUAUGUCCGCCUCCAACGCCAAAAGAAGAUCCUCAACCUUCGCCUGAAGGUUCCACCUGCGAUCGCACAAUUCCAAAACGUCCUCGAUAAGAACACCGCCGCUCAAGCCUUCAAGCUCCUCAACAAGUACCGACCAGAGAGCAAAACCGAGAAGAAGGAGAGACUUGUGAAGGAAGCCACUGCUAUCAAGGAGGGAAAGAAGAAGGAGGAUGUCAGCAAGAAGCCAUACGCUGCCAAGUACGGUCUUAACCACGUUGUCGGCCUGAUCGAGAACAAGAAGGCCUCCCUCGUCCUUAUCCCCAACGAUGUCGACCCUAUCGAGUUGGUUAUCUUCCUCCCAGCACUCUGCCGCAAGAUGGGUGUCCCAUACGCCAUUAUUAAGGGCAAGGCCAGACUCGGAACGGUCGUUCACAAGAAGACCGCUGCUGUUCUCGCUUUGACUGAGGUUCGCUCCGAGGACAAGUCUGAGCUCUCCAAGCUGGUUCAAGCCAUUAAGGAGGGUUACUCUGAGAAGUACGAGGAGGCCAAGAGACACUGGGGCGGUGGUAUUAUGGGUGCUAAGGCUGUUGCUCGCACCGAGAAGAAGCGCAAGGCCCUUGAGAGUGCUAUCAAAAUCUAA